UGUCACAAGGGUAAAGUAUUAUGAACUUUUGUAUGAGGUUUGAUUUCGAAAGUAGCUGUUCUAUUCGUGGUUUCGUCAUGCAGAUAUGUCGGACUUCCUGCUAAUUAUGUCACCGACAGUUUUCAACCAAAUUUCUGCCAGAAAGCGUCCAUGAAAACGGCGGGAAAGUCCGUCAAGUUGGAAGAUCACUCGUAUUUAAUAUAAGGACAACCUGUUAUGGAGCAGCAACAACAACAACGACGACGACAGCCACAAUAGUCAUGGUCGUAAUGUCUGAAUGCAGCUGGUUUAAAUUUUUGAAGACGUCAAGAGUGCUAUUUGGGAGUGAAAACCCUUCCGAAUUUUCGUUUAGAGACAAAUACAUUUCAGAUUAUCAGACUGUUUGACUUGUAGAAGUAAAACAUUACAACAAAACAUUUAACUCCAUAAGUGGAAAACAGAUAGACGUCAAAGAUGGCAGCUGACCAAAAAGAAGAACUUCUGAAGAGUGUGAAGAAUACUUUGAGAUCUGUCCUGAUCCCCAGCAAGGAAGGUAUCCCCGCACGCACCAUAGAACGGGUGUACGAUGAACUGGCUUGUUCCCCCUUACCAUAUCGUCAGCUGGGCUUCAACAGCUGUGAGGAGUUUAUCAGGUCUAUACCAGAUGUCGUCAGGAUUGGCAGAAACAAGGAUGGUGGGCCUCAGCUGUUUGCCGUUGCCACGGCAGCAACAGCUCACAUUGUGAAGAUGGUCAGUGCUCAGCGGAACAAAAAGGUGCGAAGCAAGCGUCCAGUCAAGACCCCUGUUCGACGCCCUUACAACCAAAAACCUGGACCGCCUCCUCGCCCCUAUCAGAGUCGCUAUGGUUACACAGGCAAACCGGCCUAUCAGAGCUCCCGCCCUCUUUCCAGACCUAUAGGCAAGCCUUUUAGGAAGCCUAGUCGACCCACAACGAGGAGCCUGUACAACAACAACAGCAACAUGGGUCAGCCCCACCGGUCAGCUCCAUCAUACUCCGCCCCCAGUGGGGCUUCAUACACAAACUUUGCUGUGACAGUACAGAGUAACAGAGGCGGUAACAGCGUGGAGCUCCGUUACGACUCAGACGAUUCCGAAAAUGAAACAGGGAAACAAGGAAGAAUGAGGAGUGUUGUUGUGAAACCCGCCUUACUUCCAAACCCUAAUCUGCGCUCCCAAAACCCUAACAAUGAAGAGGUGAAAUUUGGAGAGAAUUUUGAAGUUCCGCCACGGUUACGUAACAGUCGAGGUGGGCGAGGUGAAAAAGAUCACCUCCCAUCAGCUUUCCAAGUGUAUUCUGCUCCCCCCAAAUUCCAAGGUCCCCCUGUGAAAUGGCAAGUGCUGAAGCAAACUUCUUUUGUGGAGCGUGGACAGCUGUAUAAGAAGUUGGUGAUCGACUAUUGCAAUCAGAAAAAUCUACAGUUUCCGGAUUACGCCACAGUUGCAAUGAAAAAAGGCUACGUCAGCUCUAUUAUCCUAGAGGGAAGAAGCUAUGGCAGUCUAGAACCGUAUCAGACCCCAGAGAGUGCAGAAGAGGCGACUGCUCUGAACGCUUGUAAAUCUUUAAACAUCGAGAAAGGUCUUAGUGCUGCAAAAGAAACUGAGCCUACACAGUCAGAUCAACCUUUAACCUGUGACCCAAAGGUCAAGGACAGAAUUGUACAGAUUGUGAGGAGAAGGCAAGCCGGUACUUGGUUGAAGCGAGUACCAGUGGAGUAUAAGGAGAAGUAUAGGGAGGAGUGUCCAGCAAAUCUGCUCAGACUGCUGCAAAGCUGGCCGGAUCUUGUCAGGGCUGAGAAGUAAGGCAGGGUUUUAAUGUUCUAAAUAAAGAUGUGAUACAGUUGUAAUAAGUUGUUUAAAUGUAAAUGUGUUUUUUCAUGUGCAAACACAUGCAUCUAAUCUGAAUUAUG